AUGCAAAACUACACAGCCCUCUUCCCUGGCGCCAACGACUUCCUAUACGUCAAGGUCAGCUCCGGAGCAACCAUCGCCUUCGACGUCGAGCCGGAGGAAACUCCAGCCAGAGUGCAUGUGAAAGGCGGACCCGGGGUCUUAGGCACUUUGUGGUGCAACUCGUGCGUCGGGGUCUACUUUCCGCUGGAUGACAAGCGGUGCUUUUUGGCACACAUUAACGCGCUUUCCGCAAGCAGACAGCCUCGCAACACAGUCGACGAGGCCGAAGGCAAGGAGAUUCAAGAUCUAGUCUUCCAGCAGCUCGUUCGAGAAAUGAAGUCGAUGCAAUGGGACACCCGAGACAAGUACUACGCUUCCAUCGUGGUAGUGUGUGCUCCGAAUCUUGAGAGAAAGUGGGGAGAGAUGAGGAAGACGAUGGUGGGUACCUACGUCGUUGAGGCGAUACGUGAGUUCUUCCUCUGGAACUCGGAUUGCCUGCUUGAAGACGCCGAAAACGCAUUCGACAAAGCCAAGAAGGCGGCCGUCGUGGAUGCCGAUGAUUCCGAAAUGCUGCUGGGCGAGAUCCGCGCCGCUUUGGAGAGCACCGACGAUGAGGAACGCCGCGAGGAGCUCGCAGCAGCUCAGGAACUCGCACACGAGUGUACAGAGCUCGAGGAUCAGUCGUCUUACCUUCUCGAAAAGGCGCACUUCGCUGUCAGGACGGGUGGUCCCCACGGCUUUUUGGUGCAUCGAAACCUCCGCGAAGGUGCCAUCGCAAUACAUUGGAUCGGCGCUGGUGCGCGGGAGUCUGACUGGACACCAAAGCAGCUGCCUGCACGUCUCGUUGAGGAGGGUUGGGGAGCGUGCGAAGUUCCGUACGAGGACUGGACGAGAGAAUGGUACUUUUCUUCCAUCGCAGCGUGGAAGUUGAAAGAAGGCCGGACCCUAGAGGAGCGAAGGCAUGAUUACUGGGAGUUUGUGCAUAUUGAGGAUCGUUUGGUUGCCAGCACCAGGUCCGAUGAUGAGCUGGCGGCGAAGCGAGGGCGGUCUAGGAUGGAUGACAAGCAGAUUUUCCCGCGGAGAAGGUCUGAGCCGAACAAGGAGAGGCAGAGGCGGCGCACGCCAGAUAGGACUCGAGAGUUUAGGAAGGAGCUUGCUGCGAGGUCUUUCGAAUCUGGGAACCGGGCUGGUGAGUUUCAGACCGCUGCUCCCGGAAGUGGUGAGCAGGUCACAUUGCCUGAGCGACCGAGACAGCAGUCCCCAGGUAAGUCCAUGGCGGCAUUGACCACUUCGAAGCCAUCGUCCAGCACAUCCAACCAGUUGUAG